ACCUAUCUAAGUAAAAGUAUUUGUCAAAGAAAAAUAAACGCGAAGUAACCGGUGGCCCCACUUGGGUGUGGAUUAGUACAAAUAGUAACAGGGCUUGGUUAAGGUUUGAUUCGUCAGUUCAUUGACUUGCCCACAGUGAGAAUGAAGAUGUUGCGAACGACAAUACUGCAAUUCGCUGCGUUGCAGGUUUUGUUUAUUCUGUUGGGUGUUGGUGCCGAUUACAUACCGCCUUCGAGAUUUGAUGGCUUCGUCUACGGGAAGGGGAACUUGAAUUUGUUGGAUACGGUUUUGAUAGAAGCGUUUUAUGACCCAGUGUGCCCAGAUAGCAGGGAUUCCUGGCCUCCACUCAAACAAGCUCUUCAUCACUACGCUUCUCGGGUUUCGCUCCUUCUUCACCUCCUCCCUCUACCUUACCAUGACAAUGCUUUUGUUACGUCUCGUGCUCUGCACAUUGUGAACAAUUUGAACGCAUCUGCAACGUUCCCCUUGCUGGAGUGGUUCUUCAGGUAUCAGGAGAAUUUCUAUGGGGCUCAAACACGGAACUUAUCUAGGGCUUCUAUUAUAGAGGAAGUAGUGAAGUCUGCAACACAAGUAGUUGGGAGCUCUUAUUAUAAAACCAUAAAGAAUGGCUUCAAUGACACAACAACUGAUAUUCAGACCAGAGUUUCUUUUAAGUAUGCUGCUUCGAGAGGGGUGUAUGGAACGCCAUUUUUCUAUGUCAAUGGAUUCUUGUUGCCUGAUACUGGAGCUGCUGUUGACUACAAGACUUGGAGAAAGGUCAUUGACCCAUUGGUUGGUGCUAAGAAUAAGAAGAGUAUCCAAAAUGAAGAGUCCCUUCAUUUCUUCUUGUGAAAAUUGUCGGUAUAUAAAUAAAGUCCAGUUGCAUUAGCACUGUAUCAGUGAAGGAAUCUGAAGAAUGUAUCCGCUGACUAAUAAUGGAAUCAAAUGUUAUAAAACAUUCCUUAGUCCAUACAUAUACAUAUGUGGCAUGUAUUGGAAUAUAUGAUACACUGGGCAAUGAUGAUGUGAUAUUCCUUGGCCUAUGUUUGAAUUUUAUGAAAGGUGAUAGAAUGAAUAUUAAAAAUAUAAUGAAAUGUAAAAGAUUAAAACCUUUACAUUGUUUGUA